UAAGUGUUAUUUUCUUCCUGUGUGACAAUAUUAUUCCUGUGACCUGGUGCAAACACAUCAUAGCCAACCGACAUUCCAAACAAUGAUUUAAUAAUAGUGUAUGAUCUAUCAAAGUUGUGAAUGGAGCUGUGAGUUUGUCAGCUGUAUCGUUGUUGCCCAAGAAAUUGGCACUCCGGGGAAUUAAACAAAAGGCGGUAUCGAGUGUCCAACGAGGAGGAGUUCGUGGGACGUUUCGAGGCUGCUCCCCCCACGGGCUGUGUAAAUAAAACCCGGUGGUGGUCGUGUCUACAUUAAUACUAUUGUUUAUGGACACCAAGGCCAAAAUGUCAUGUCCUGGCUGCUCGGUGUGAUGUGGUAGCAGGCCUACUGGUAACACUUUUAAGAAGAACUCGGCAUGGAUGGUGGUGAGGUGAAUAGUUGUUUUGCUCCGGCGGCGGGCAAGAGGAGAGAAAAUACACGACCACUGAAAGUCAUGGUGCCUUUAAUGUUAUUAUUUAUAUGCAGCUGGAUUCCGGGCGGUCAGUCAAUGUAUAUCAACACUGACAUUAACAUAACCCAAAGUACUAAUGCUCAACUUUUAACAAAUUCUACGCUUGGAAACAACAACAACCAGACAAAUUCUUUCCCAACACCGUUAAAAUAUUCAGGUAGAACAGUGAGAGCAACGGACGAAGCAUACAUUGAGAAUCCUAGUAUAGCUGAGUUUCGGGAAACUGUUGAUGUGAAUGUCUUACUGAGGAGAUCGUACGCCGAGGCUAGAGCCGGCUGCUCCAACAUGUCCAGCGCCGAGGUCUUGAAGGGCCACGUGGAGAAACUCAGGGGCACAGCCAACGGUAAGGUCGACCUGGUAUUCCUCGUGGACAGCUCGUCCAGCGUUGGUAUCACGAACUUCUUCAACGAACUGAAGUUUGUCCGGAAACUCCUUGCUGGGUUCGAGGUGGCCGAAUGGGCCACCAGGGUGGCGGUAAUUACAUUUGCCUCUCGGCAUCGUGUUGUGGUCAACAUUGACCACCUGAGCGAACCUAAUGUUACUAAGCAUAAAUGCUCCUUGCUUGGCGCUGAGCUGCCAAGUAUUACGUAUGUGGGAGGUGGGACUUUCACUCGAGGCGCUUUUGUACUAGCUGAGAAAGUUUUAACUUCCCAAUGGGCCCGUCCCAACGCCACAAAGGCCGUAUUCCUCAUAACGGACGGGUACUCCAACGGUGGCGACCCCCGUCCAAUAGCUCAGAACCUUAUCCGCAAUCACGGGGUGGAAAUAUUCACGUUCGGGAUCGAGAAUGGGAACGUGAAGGAGUUGCGGGCAAUGGCGUCUGAGCCGAAGCUGCACCAUUGCUACAUCUUGGACAGUUUUGAGGAGUUUGAAGCUCUCGCGAGGAGAGCUUUGCACGAGGAUCUCCAUCUCGGAGACUUUAUACUUGAGAAUGAGGGACUCUGUUCAUCCCUGUGUCCCCGUGGAGGUUACUGCUGUCAUCCAGAAGCGACAUGUCGAUGUGGGACGACCACUGGUCAGUACGAGUGUAUAUGCCCCCAGGGUUACCAUGGCAGCGGUUUGGUGGAUGGUUGUCACCUUUGCCCACCGGGUACGUACAAGCCCCAAGCUAUGCCAGGGGGCAUUAGUACGUGUAAAUCCUGCCCGGACCCGAACCACACCAGCAGACCAGGAAGUAUUAGUCUGGCAGACUGCACUUGUAGGAAUGGAUACCAGGAAGAAGUCGGGACGCAUGUCUGCCGAAUGGUGAAGUGUCCUGCUUUAUCUCCGCCAACAAAUGGUUUUUUUGUGUCUGGUAAAUGCAUCAGUAUGGUUCACAAUGCGUGCGCCAUGGGCUGUUCGGCAGGCUUCAAGCUGAUUGGUCGUCCUAUCAGGGAAUGCUUUGAAAAUGCUACCUGGAGUGGGGAACCGGUUGUAUGCAAAGUAAAGACUUGCCCAUCCCUUCCGAAGAUUCCAAAUGGAUCAGUCCACUGCACUAAGGAAGGCUUCGUGUUUGAUGCGGAAUGUACCACUCUCUGCGAUAGGGGGUUUGUACUGGUGGGAUCCAAGAUGAGACGGUGCCUGCCAAUCGCUAUGUGGGAUGGACUCCCCUCUGCAUGUAGAGCUGUGACAUGCCCUUCGGUAGAGUCAAUCCCCCACGCCUCCCUGCUACCCAGAACCUGCAGUUCAGAGAGACAGACUUUUGGGACAGAAUGCCGAACCGUCUGCGAUCCUGGGUAUCGUCUUGCGGAUGAGAGAGAAGACACCCGUCUGUGCUUAGCAUCAGGGUCCUGGGACCAAAAAGCCAACCGGCCUAACGUUUGCUUAGAUGUUACAACUCCGGACAUACUUUGUCCCGAUGACAUCAAGAUCGACGCCAAUCCAAACGACAACGUAGCCAAUGUGUCUUGGAACGACCCUCUGACUUUGGACAACUCCGGCGAGGUGCCGUCAGUAACCGUUACUCCAUCUGUCCGUUCCCCGUGGUUGUUCACAAUCGGGGAGACAUUCAUUACGUAUUUUGCGACAGACAGAGCCGGGAAUAGUGGAAGUUGCAGCUUUGUAAUCACAGUUAUGGAUAGCCAGCCGCCGGUAAUCGAGCGUUGUCACUCACCUGGAGUUGUCCUCUCAUCAGACCAAGACACUCACGUUGCUUGGGAGGAGCCACAAUUCUCUGAUAACUCGGGCCGGCCUGUAACGGUGUCACGCUCCCAUAAUCCCGGCCUGUCCAUGUCGUGGGGGACGACGAGGGUGGAGUAUGUCGCCAGCGACAGCACGGGGAACACUAAGAGCUGUCACAUAACUGUGAAUGUUCAACAAAGUGCCUGCAUCAUGCCAGAUAGUCCACAGGGCGGCCGAGCGGAUUGUGUUAACUCAAAUGGAGGGAUAGAGUGCUCUCUUGGGUGUGAUGAUGGGUAUGCCUUCCCAAUUGAGCCUGAAUCUAUCUACAGCUGCUCGGGGGAUGGACGAUGGAGUCCCAAUCACGGCAUGCCAUGGGAGGACUGUGCAAAAAAGGAGAAUCCAGACAACGCAACGCAGCCAGUGGUCUUUGGAUUCCCGGUGAAUAACUGCGAUCAAGAACUCGCUGAUCAAAUGGCCGCCAAUAUCAGAAUAUCUCAAGAUAAAAAGGAGGGAAGUAUCUGCAAUGGUCCGGUGGAUUGCCGAUUUGCUGGUGUCAAAGUCAGCUGUCGACCAAAAGGUAUUGGUGGUUUGGACGGUAGUUUAAUAAUCGGCUCCUCGUCGCCACGCAGUGAGAGGCAGCAGCUACGAGGAGACAUUGACCUUAGCAGACAGCCCUUUGAGAAGUUGAAGAGUUUGCCAAGCGUCUACGUUGAGAUGAAUAUUACAGGUACAGUCAAGCUUCCAGAUGAUGUUACUUCAGUGGAUGACGAUACCUACCAAGAUUUUCGCCGUUCCCUUUCCAGCGCGUCCAACUCCAUCCUGGAAACCAUACUGGAGGAUGGUAACCUUCCCCCUGGCAUGGGAACGACACCAGAUACUAAUUCUAUCAUCGUCUUUCCAACUCAACCUAUUCCUGUCUGCCGACCGGGGAACAUUCAGCUCGGAUUGAGUCAAUGCUUAGAGUGUGCAGCUGGAACUUUUUUCAACGACGUUACAAAAGAGUGUGAGCGCUGCCCUCAAGGCUCUUACCAAAGCCAACCCGGCCAGAUGGAGUGCGUAACGUGUCCACCCGAUACAUCAACGGUCAGCACAAGAUCCAAGUCACUUCAGGAAUGUAAAGAUGUCUGCAGUCAAGGCAGCCACUCUGAUACCGGUCUGGAGCAGUGUGAACCCUGCCCUAAAGGGACUUACCAACCCUACUCCGGCAGUCUGGACUGCAUACCAUGCCCAGAUGGGACAUCUACUCUCAAGACUGGUUCAAUCUCACUUGCUGAGUGUACAGAGCCGUGCAAAUCUGGUUAUGUGUCAAGAAGUGGUCUGUUGCCCUGUCUCCCAUGCCCUGAUGGCUAUUACCAACCAGGGAUAAGUAAGACUUCCUGCUUUAAGUGCCUUGGUAUGAUGGCUAACAGCGCUGUCACCACAUGGGAAAGCUGCAUUGGAACCAGCCUGGAUGGUUUUAACAUCAGUUCUUUGGAAGUGGUUCAAUUCAACGACUGUUUCUCCAUUCCUUGUUCAAACGGUGCAACGUGCGAGGCUGUGUCAGCUGGCUAUGUAUGCAUAUGUGAGCCGGGAUACACAGGAAUAAGAUGUGACAUCGAGAUCAACGAAUGUGAAAACUCCCCAUGUGAGAAUGACGGCAAAUGUGUGGAUGGUCUGAACGGUUUUACCUGCGUCUGCAAACCAGGCUUUGCAGGGGAGACUUGUUCAGUUGAUAUUGAUGAAUGUAGACCCUACUCAUGUGAGAAUGAAGGUAGAUGUAUUGAUGGCAUAGCCAGCUAUCAGUGUGACUGCACUCAAGGUUAUUACGGAGAGUAUUGCGAGGAGGAAGUCAAUGAAUGCCUGUCAAACCCUUGCUACAAUGGAGCGUACUGCGUGGAUAGCCUGGCAAGCUUUAGCUGUGACUGUCUGGCAGGGUUCGACGGCUCUUUCUGUGAGAUGGAAAUAAAUGAGUGUAUGAGUGAGCCAUGUCUGAAUGGAGCCGAGUGCCACGACCUCAUCGCUGAUUACAGGUGUGACUGUAAACCUGGCUUUGUUGGGACUCACUGUCAGACCGAUGUGGAUGAGUGUGUAUCAUCACCUUGCCGUCAUGGUGGUUCAUGCCUGGAUGACAUAAGUGGCUACCUGUGUGUCUGCCAACAUGGGUACACUGGACCUCUCUGUGAAGUGGAACUUCCUUGGGAUUUCAGUCUCGUCUUUGAUCACUUCAGCACGACGGACUACAUCUUGAUGAAGGGUUUACUACCUGAGAUGAUGGAGGUUAGCGCCUCCUUUUGGAUGCGCACAACAGACUCCUUCAACUACGGCUCUCCGUUCUCCUACGGAGCAAUGGACAGUCACGGCACUGCCCUGAGCAAUGCUUUUACAUUCAUGGACUAUAGCGGAUUCGUUCUUUAUGUCAAUGACUCGAGUCACGUUUCAGAUGUAGCGGCAAAUGACGGCAUGUGGCAUCACAUCGCCGUCACAUGGGCCAGCAGGAACGGCCGAUGGGUCAUCUACAAGGACGGAUGGGUGGCCGACUCUGGAGAAGGACUCGCUGAGGGCGCUGUUAUCCCUGGGGGUGGGAUAUUUGUUGUCGGCCAAGAGCAAGAUUCCAUUGGCGGUGACUUUGCAAGUUCCGAAGCCUUUGUCGGCGAGAUCGCCCUCCUGCAUGUCUGGAAUCGUACUCUGUCCUCGCAGGAGAUCUCUGCCUUGGUGAGAAACUGUGAGAGACUCUUAGGGCAGAUGGGAGAUGUGGUUCUGGCCUGGCCUGAUACCCUCUUUGACAUGUACGGAGAAAUCAGACAGGUGAAGAACCAUUUCUGUGAAGGAUGCUAUGCCCAGAGCCCGCCAGAGUUUGGCGAUUACACUGGAUUCCAGAGCCACACCCCUCUUAACGUCAUCACCUUCUCCUGUGAGACCGGCUUUGAGUUGAAGGACAGCUCCAACAAUCAAGCUGUGUGUCAGAUCUCUGGUGACUGGCUACCGUACAACCCUCCUCAAUGCCAACGUAAGAAAUGUUGGCAUCCUGGCAACAUCCAAAAUGGAGAGAUUUUGGGGACGGACACCAAGUUCUUUUUUGGUUCUCAAGUGAAGUAUGUCUGCUAUGAUGGGUAUACACUCGUUGGGCCUCAUACAAGGGAUUGCUAUGAGACCGGUGUAUGGAGUGACUACCAGCCAAGCUGUGAGGUGGUUGUGUGUGGAGCUGUUCCCGAAGUACCACAUUCUACUCUUUACAGUCCGAUGAAAGGCUCUCAUUUCUCUACUGAGACGUCCAUAGUCUACCAUUGUCAGGAUGGGUAUCGCCUUCGAGGCCAAGCCACCGUCAUCUGCCAGUCAGACGGAACCUGGAGUGAGCUCCCAGACUGCCUGCUGAUUCAAUGCAGUAAGCCUGAGAUCGUGAUCCAUGCAUCCUUGACGCCACCUAUGGAGGACUUUGUGCUCGGAGGGGUUAUCAGAUAUGACUGUGUUGACGGGUACCAGUUAGUUGGUAGUGCCACCAGGACAUGCCAGCUGAAUGGGACGUGGUCGGGUGCGAGUCCGAGUUGCAUCCCGUUCUCCUGCGGCCCGCCCCCAGCUUUUCCUUUCUCGACAUACACCCUUACGGGCUUGACACUGGGGAGCGUGGCGAGGUACUCUUGCAUGGAAGGGUAUGAGAUGAUGGGAAACGCCUCAUUAGUUUGUGCCGGGAAUUUCAAGUGGGAAGGAGAAUAUGUUGGAUGUACACCGAGACUCUGUCCAGAGGUGGAACAGAUCGCUCAUGGAGUCACUACAGGUAACUUGUUCUUCUACGGCGAGAGUCUGACGUUUGAGUGUGAUGUAGGGUACCGGCUGAAUGGAGUGACUUUGAUAAGGUGUUUGGCAACCGGCCAGUGGAGUGACAGAGUACCAGCGUGUGAGCCUGUAUCGUGUGGAUCGCCGGAUACCAUUUUAAACGGUAACCUAGAGGGAUCGGAGUUUGAGUACGGAGGCAUGGUCAGAUACCAAUGUCACAAUGGCUACUAUUUGAUUGGCUCAGCUUCACUGUCAUGUGAUUCUGAUGGCCAAUGGAGCGGCAGUACCCCAUCUUGUAGUAGAGUUGAAUGUGGACCUCCGCCAAGGAUACCAAAUGCAGACCUCCUUCCAGCAGAUGAGAAUGUAACGUACUUCUACCAAACCAACGUGACAGUCCAUUGUCACAUUGGAUACAGCUUGUUGGACGGUUCGGACAUAAUAACCUGUGGAUCGGACGGGUCCUGGCAGGGGGAAGUAUCGGUGUGUCAACCGGUGUCUUGUGACCGUCUUGGAGGUCUCAUUAAUGGGAGGCUCAUCAGAUCAGGGCACAGUUACAACGACACUGCGACGUAUAUCUGCGAGGAAGGAUUCUACCUCGUCGGGCGUGCGACAAGAAUCUGCCAAGCCAGCGGGCGUUGGAGCGGCAUAGCAUCCAGCUGCUUCCCCGUCUUGUGCCCGCCUCUUCCGCUGGUUCCCAAUGCCAAAUUCUCCGUCAAAAUACCCGUGAACGAGUCGGCAGUUCCAAGAGAUACUUACAGCUACAGGACUAAAGUGCGCUACCGAUGCGACUUGGGUUACCAGACAAGUGCCGACUUCCAGGAGUUGCGUUGCAAUGCUAGUGCUCAAUGGUCUGCUCAGCCCCCUUCCUGCCGACCGAUCAGGUGCCCCGAUCUAUCCGCCAUUUCCCAUGGGACCAUAUCCGGUAAUGAUCUCACUUUUAACAGUUCGGUGGUCUACACCUGCGAUAAAGGCUAUCAGCUCUUCAGGAAACCUGUGAGGACCUGUCUGGCCGAUGGCACCUGGUCGGGAGUGGAACCGGUCUGCAAGAUUAUCAACUGCGGAAAGCCAGAUUCACCAGAAAAUGGGCGGUUUAGAGGUUAUGAUUUCACAUAUCAGAGGAUUGCCACUUUCGCCUGUAAUCAAGGGUAUCGUCUGGAAGGAGCACCAACCAUAAGCUGCCAAUCCAACGGGCAAUGGAGUAUGACCUCACCCCGAUGCAACCCUGUUGACUGCGGCUCACCACCUCAUAUCAAUCUCACCACUCACCAAUCGGACUCCACCACGUUUGGUUCCCUGGCUUACUAUGCAUGCCUGGAAGGGUAUGAAGCAGACAGGAGCCUGUUCAUUCAGUGUGGAUGGGACGCUCACUGGGUGGGUAUGUCGCUCAUACACUGUUCACCCAUGCUGUGUGAUGACGCGCCUGUAAUGGAGUUUGGAUCAGCGACUGGGAACAAUUACCAUGUGGGUGACACUGCCAUGUAUUCUUGCAUAGAGGGCGCUGUUUUACAUGGAAAUGGAACUAUCAUAUGCCAGCCUGAUCGAACAUGGACCGACUUAACAGCUUUCUGUCGUCUAAUAACAUGCUCUGAGCUAGCAGCACCAAACCAUGGCGCUGUCAAUGCACCAAGGAGGAAUAACGGCAGUUUUGCAACAUUUACUUGUGACGACGGCUACAACAUUAUUGGAGAUGAAAAUAUAACUUGCAUGGAAAGUGGUGAUUGGAGUGGGGAACCAUCCGAGUGUGAACCAGUGACUUGUCCGAUGCCGGACAUUGCUAAUGGACAAGCAGUGUUUGUGGGUCACCGGUUUACCGAUGAAGUGAUUUACCGGUGUGAUUCGGGAUACCAGCUGGUGGGUGUGGCUGUACAGCAUUGCUCGGCCAAUGGGGAUUGGAGUGCGGGCCGGCCAGUGUGUCAAGCCAUUUCUUGUGGUGUACCAGUGCUGAUUAAAGAUGGAUACUCUACACAGGUUGAAGUGGUGUUCGGAGAUGACGUUCGGUAUUCUUGCAAAACAGGGUACCGAUUACAAGGGAGUGACACACGCUCUUGUAUGAGUAAUGGCGAGUUGAGUGGUGAGGAACCAGUGUGUGAGAUUAUCUCCUGCCCCGAACCACGGGCUAUCAACAACGCUGGUACCCCCGCUACAAAUAGAACAUUUGGAAGUCUGGUGACCUAUGACUGUAUUGAAGGUUUCCAUACUGAUGACAGCACUACAAUUGAAUGUCUCUCAAAUGGUUCUUGGAGCCAGACUGUUAUAAGAUGUAACCCGGUGUCAUGUGGAUUGCCGGGGGACAUUGAAAACGGAGACUAUUCUUUAGACAACGGGGCAACUUUUAGAGAAGAGGUUGUGUACCAUUGUCAUGAUGGCCAUGAAUUGGAGGGAAUUGCCUCUCAAGUUUGUCAAUCAAAUGGUGCAUGGGGUCAACCAUAUCCCACCUGUGAACCUAUCUCUUGCGGACCACCUCCAGAAAUUGAAAACGGAGAUGUUCAAUUGACUCAUGAGACUUACCUCUCAAAUGCUGUGUAUGCUUGUGAAAUUGGGUAUGAUUUAGUCGGUAUUAAUGCCAUUACUUGCUUGAGUAAUAGAUCUUGGAGCUAUAGUGACAUACAUUGUGUUCCGGUCUCAUGUGGCGAACCUGAGGAAAUUACAAAUGGUCAUUGGACAGGGGAAAGAUUCACCAUCGGGGAUCGGUUAUCGCAUGAGUGCGAUAUUGGUCAUGACCUGGUCGGCAUGCCAGAGCGUGUAUGUCAGGCUUCUGGAGAGUGGAGUGGUCCGACCCCGACGUGUCAACCGAUCAAAUGUCCACCCCCGCCAGAAGUGCAGAAUGGAGUUGUCCUUACUCGGGGCGAUUUGCAGUAUCGGAGUGAGAUUCAAUAUCGAUGUGAUACCGGUCAUGUGCCGUCUACGAGUGAGACUAGCCGAAUCUGUCAAGCUGAUGGUACGUGGAGUGGUCGGGAUAUUAGCUGCGUUCCUGUGUCGUGUGGACCACUGCCCUCUGUGGAUAACGCAUACAUCCCGCUAUCACCUUCGCUUACGUUUGACACUUUGGUUGCAUACCGGUGUCAUGAUGGGUAUCAGCUGCAAGGAAUACCCAAUGUGAAAUGCCUGGAGGGUGGACUGUGGAGUCUGCCGCGGUUUCAGUGUAGUCCUGUCAGCUGUGGUGACCCAGGGGAUGUCCUGAACGGGGAGGUUUACUUCACCAGUACCACCUUCAAGUCUGUCGCUGUGUACAGCUGUAGUGAAGGGUUCAGACCGCAUGGAGCAACUAUACGCCACUGUCUUGCCAACCAGUUGUGGAGUGAAGCGCCCCCGUUGUGCAGACCUGUACCAUGUGGUAGACCGCCGAGUCUCCCCAACGCGGUCCAUGUGGCUGAUGACAAUACUCAAACCAUGGAGGACUAUGUGUAUGGUGCUGUGACACGCUAUACAUGUGUGGAAGGCUACGAGAUGGCGUCAGGUGAAACCGUUGUCUGCCAAGCAAACGGGAAAUGGAAUAGCUCUGACCUCAUUUGCAAGAUCAAGCAGUGUCCACCACCAGAAGCUGUCAAGAAUGGACAAGUCUUGGGAGAAGCUUAUACGUACAGCUCUACCAUCCAGUAUGUCUGUGAUGCUGGCUUCGAGUUAUCCAGCAGUCACAACCUCACCUGUCUCGCCGACCAGAUGUGGCAUCCGUCGACUCCGACUUGCUGGCGAAUUUCCUGCCCAGAGAUUACUCCUCCGCCCCAAACAACCAUCCUUGGAGACGGGCAUCUCUACGAAGAUGUCAUAACAUUCCAUUGUCAGAAUGAACUCCAACUAAGAGGCUCACGGCAGCUUCGAUGCACCUCAGACGGAACAUGGGAUCAACUGAUUCCAACUUGUGCUCCCAGGUCCUGCGGACGUCCACCUAAUCUUGAGUUUGGGAUCAUAUUUGGACAUAGCUACCAGCCCGGUGACACCAUAAGCUAUCGUUGCUCCAGCGGGUAUCUGCUGAACGGUCCGAGCGGCCGGAGGUGCUUGCCGGACUUCAGAUGGAGUGGACAGGAUCUAAAGUGUGUUGAGUUGAACCUGUCCUCAGCUCUCAACCAGUCUCCAGUGUGUAUCUUUCCCUGUCUUCAUGGAGGGACGUGCCGGGGGCCUUAUCAGUGCAGCUGUCCCUAUGGGUACGCUGGCUCUAGAUGUGAAAUAGAACUAUGUACAAGUCGCUGCAUUGGAAGUUCUCGGUGUACCCAAAGGCAUCCAUCUUGCAAGUAAACUUAUUCCAUUCUGUGUUGGAGGUAAAACAAAAAAGAUUAUGUACCUAGGGCCAAUUUCCUACAAAUAUUUGCCGGUAAGCAAUUUUGUCUUCUUACUGUAGUAGAGAAACAGGCGCAAGCUUAAGUUGACAUAAUAUCAAAGGCGCGUGUUAGAGUUUACAGUGGAUUUACAAUUCACAAUGGACUUUCAUGUUUGCACCAAUAAUCUGCUUUAACAGAAACACAGGCAAGCUCCAUGUAGUGUUAAAAACUUGUUAUAAAAUAAUCAAAUCAAAAUUCUGCGGUUGACUCCUCCGUUGGCAGAAACUUUAUGAAAUAAGCCAUUUGUGAGUUUGAGUUUUUAGUCAUGUCUGGUACAAUGCCUUGUUCGGUGUCAAGUGAAUGCAUAAUUUGAAUUCCUCAGACUACAUUCAGUGUUGCUAGGUCACAUGGUUUGGAGCAACCAGCAAAGACAACCUGAACAUUAUCUUUUUUCCCCUCCAAAUGAAAUCGCUCUCAGUCAAAACAAGAUAGGAAGUACCUUUCACUAGUUAACUUGCAGGUACAGCCAUGUUUAAAGGGUCUAUGUACUUUUUCCUAACAAAAAACACAAUGUCCACAGAUUUACAUUAAACU